AUGGCUGAACCACCACUGUCACCAAAAACUUACAAACUAACAGCAACUUCAAUCUGCUACACCAAAUCAACCACCACCAACAGCACAAUAGUACCACCAUUGUUCCUCUUCAAACAUUGUACAACAACCCCACCUACCUACAUCCUCAAAGAUGUCUCCCUCACCGCAAAUCCCUCUGAGAUCCUCGCCAUUGUUGGUCCAAGUGGUGCCGGAAAAUCCACUCUUCUAGACAUUCUAUCAGCUAGAACAUUACCCUCAAAUGGCACUCUUUCCCUUAACUCUUCCCCUAUUAACCCCUUCACAUUUCGCAAACUCUCUUCCUAUGUUCCUCAACACGAUGCAUGUCUCCCUUUGCUCACUGUUUCCGAGACAUUCGCCUUCGCUGCUCGUCUUCUCAAGCCUAAGACUUCUGAUAUUUCCGCCAUUGUUUCUUCUCUUCUCACUGAACUGAGGCUAAUCCAUUUGGCUAACACGAGGCUCGCUCAUGGCUUAUCUGGUGGAGAACGUAGAAGGGUCUCCAUAGGUCUUAGUCUUCUUCAUGAUCCAGCUGUGUUGCUUCUUGAUGAACCCACUUCUGGCCUUGACAGUACCUCUGCCUUCAAAGUCAUGCAAAUUCUGAAAUCAACUUGUGUUUCUCGUCACAGGACCAUUGUCCUUUCAAUUCACCAACCGAGCUUCAAGAUCCUCUCAUGCAUUGAUAGAAUCUUGCUGCUAUCAAAGGGUACCGUGGUUCACCAUGGAAGCCUUGCUUCACUCCAAGCUUUCUUGCAUUCAAAUGGUUUCACUGUCCCUCAUCAGCUCAAUGCAUUGGAAUAUGCAAUGGAAAUACUAAACCAAUUAAAUGAGCUUAAACCCAUCACUCCCCCAUGUCUUCCUGAAUCUCCAAAAAGUUCUACAAUUUCCUCAUUUGAUAAUGGAACUAAAAUGAGAGAGAUCAAGUACAAGAGUUCUAGGAUCCAUGAAAUCUGUACCCUUUAUAGCAGGUUUUGGAAGAUCAUUUACAGAACUAGGCAAUUGCUUUUGACUAACACAGCAGAAGCGCUUCUUGUGGGUCUUGUUUUAGGAACAAUUUAUAUCAAUAUUGGGUUUGAUAAAGAAGGCAUUGAGAAAAGGUUUGGUCUAUUUGCCUUCACUCUUACAUUCCUCCUAUCUUCCACAACUGAGACACUUCCAAUCUUUAUCAAUGAGAGGCCAAUCUUGUUAAGAGAAACUUCUAGUGGGGUUUAUAGGCUAUCAUCUUAUCUCAUUGCAAAUACACUUGUUUUCUUGCCAUACAUGCUUGUAGUUGCUGUUAUAUACUCUAUCCCAGUCUACUUCUUAGUGGGUCUAUGUGCUUCUUGGUUAUCUUUUGCUUAUUUUGUUUUGGUCAUAUGGGUCAUUGUUCUGAUGGCGAACUCAUUUGUCCUCUUCUUGAGUUCUCUUGCCCCAAAUUACAUUGCUGGGACUUCACUCUUGACGGUUCUUCUUGCAGCAUUUUUCCUCUUCUCUGGCUAUUUUAUCUCCAAGGAUUGUUUGCCCAAAUACUGGCUCUUCAUGCACUUUUUCUCUAUGUACAAAUAUGCUCUUGAUGCACUUCUUAUCAAUGAGUAUUCUUGCUUAGCUACAAGGUGUUUGAUAUGGUACCAAGAGAAUCAGCAGUGCAUGGUCACUGGAGGUGACGUGUUACAGAAGAGAGGGCUACGCGAGAGUGAAAGAUGGACCAACGUGUACUUCUUGGUUGGGUUCUUUGUGUUGUAUCGUGUGCUUUGCUUCUUGGUUUUAAUUAGAAGGGUUUCAAGAUCCAAAACUUAA